UUCUUAAAAACAAAAAGAAGGAAGGCAAAACAACCCAAAAAGAGAAGAUCUAAUGAGACGAGGGAAAAUUUUCUCUUUAACUGAUCGAGGAACUCUCUCAUUAGCAAGAAAAUUAUUCAUAUGUGUCAUUGUAUUAGUGUUCAGAUAUGUGCAUGAAGUUUUACUCGUCGAUGAUGAAAAUUCUUUACUUUAGUAUACGUCGAGAUCUCAAAGUGAUAAAAUCGAAAAAAAUAUAGUUCCAAAAAAUAUUUAAUUUUGUCAUAAAAAUUUCGAUUGUAAAAUAAUUGUGCAUGCAAAGUGCCAAAAAAAAAUUAAAUUAAAUUAAUAUAAUAAAUGUGUAAUAUUGAUACCAAAGAAUGGCAUUGUCACCAAAGUUAAUAUUAGAUAUAAGCCAAUCACAAAUGGAAAAUUUAUCAUUAAGUUGUAAAAUGAUUAAAGUUGAACAUUCAAGUGAUAACGAUAGUAAUAACAACAGUCCAAAUGGAUCACAUCACAACAAUAAUCACCAUCAUAUUAAUCACAAUAAUAAUAAUAAUAAUAAUAAUAAUCAACAUAAUCACACGGAUAUGAAGUAUACGGAUUUAGAUUUAUCAGUACCUUCUACAGUUAGCUUUUAUGAGCAGCAUCCAUCUGCUUUAUUAUCGUCUGGAAAUUCCACAAGAAAAAGGAGGGUAUCAACUAAAAGUACACAAGAUGAACAUAAUCAGCAUUUCCAAUGCAGUCCAAUUGACGUGGAUGGAGAUGCAAAAAGAUUUCGUUUUGAUAUUGAAAAUUAUGAAUCUCCCGUCGUUCCAACGACAAUCUUUAAAUAUUGUUUAAAUAAUAAUGAUGAGUCUUAUUACUCACAUGACAUGAAGCACGAUCAAUAUGGAAUGACUGAAAGUCCUGAAUCACAAUCACCUUAUGGAUAUUCAGCAGCAUCACAAAUGUAUGCAGGUGUUGAUAUGAAUCAUCAUUAUUAUUAUUCACAAACAAAUAAUCAUCAAAUACCCGAGCAAGUUCAACAAUUUAAUGUAAGGAACACAACAAAACCUCAACCAGAAUUACUUACUGUUGAACAGCCGCGAUCAUCCAGCGAUAAAUGCCUUCAAAUUGUUAAGGAUAAAAUUCAUAAAAUGAAGACCAAAAAACUUAAACUUCCAAGAAAAGUGAGUCCAAUUAGAUGUGAUCCCGAGCAGAACAAGCAAUUAAGGUGCAUGGCUAAUGUUCGAGAGCGACAAAGGACACAAAAUUUAAACGACGCAUUUCAAUCAUUAAGAAAAAUCAUUCCAACACUUCCAAGUGAUAAGCUCAGUAAAAUUCAGACAUUGAAAUUAGCUACAAGUUACAUUGACUUUCUAUGGAAAAUGUUGACCAAUGAAUCACUAUCUGAGGAUCAAUCAUCAGACUCAUCAGUAUCAAGUUCACCAGCGCAUUGCAUGCAACAGUUUCAGAAUGGUAGCACAGGAAGUCCGAUUGUGCCGAAUGAGAAAUUGAAUCUUAUGUUCAAUAUGUGGAGAAUGGAGGGGGAGUUGACAAACUCGAAUAAGAUUGAAUGAGAAUAGAUGUUGGGGUUAGGUUCUUAUGGAUCAUUUAGAUUGAGUCAUGAUCUAUAGUUUAAAAUUGUUAAUCAUGCAUUUAUGACCGCGAGAAUUUGUCAGACUCAGAAACCUAAUAAUUAAAAAAGCAUUUCCACAAAAUUAGCAAUUGAAGAUUUUUGACUUUAAAGUUGAAAGUUCCUUUGUUAAUCCAGGAGGCAUCAACUGAAUUAUCAAUUGCUGGUAAAAUUGAAAUCUUUAAAAAACAUUUUAAACUUCUCAUAAAUGCAUGAUUUUGGUGUCGUUCGCAAAUAAUGUUCAAGUCCAAUAGGAUUAAUCAGUUGCUGUUCGGUUGACUUCAGGAUCUUAAUAUAAGUGCUACUAAGAUACAGCCACAUAACCAGUUGAGGACAAAAUUUAUGAACGAUCGCCCUCAAAAAACAAAAUAUUCUGAAAACUAUACGUAUCUUCCAAAUAAUCAAUCAAAGAGUUACAAAAGUGAUUAAUUUGUUAUAUAAAGCCAAACAUUUUGUAAAGAAUUUAAUUUUAUAGCAUUUAAGAAAAAAACUUAUUUUUGUCCAAAAAAAGAAGAAAAAUUAUGCAAGA